AUGGCUUCAAGCAAAGUUCUGGAAGAUUUAGAUCUCAGUACAGACGAAGUCAAACGGCUCGGGGAAGCGCUCAAAGAUGAAACAUUCAGGAAAAUGCUGGUCGAGUACGCCGAGGAGAUAUCCAAUCCGGAAAACAGGCGCAAGGCGGAGGAGGAAAUUGCAAUUAUGGAGAACGAAAGAGGAAUGAGUGUUCAAUUCAUUCAUCCAGAACCCGGGUAUGUUUUGAAAACUACUGUUGAUGGCAGCAAAAAAGCGUUCAUAAAUAUUUGUCAGAAUGAUAAAAUAGAGAAGCCGAAAGCUAAAAAGCAAAUUGGGCCUGAUGGGAAAAAAGGCGUCAUGUGGCAAAUUCCGCAUUCGUUUGCACCCCCUAGAGAUGAUUAUGAUAAAAAUCAUCAAGUAUGUUCAGUGUUUGAUGUUGUCUUCCACCCUGACACAUAUCGGAUGGCGAUGAGUAAUGAAAGAUUUAAAAAGCUCGUAGAAGACACGGCUGUUGAUGGGAUCGAGAGCCAGUUUGGAGUUAAGUUGGACAAGAAAAAUAUUAGGCAUCCUAAACUCAAGUUCAAAGGAAUUCCCCAAGCAACAGUAAUUCGAGAACGGUUGGAUCAGAAGGCUUCUAACGACACACCUCCAGAUACUUCAGAACAGGAUGAUAUUUUGAGUAAGAUGCCUUAUCCUUAUGAUAACAAAACAUCAGCAGAGAAGUCAAGUGAAAAUCAGCAUAAACAUGCAAAGAACACAAAGUCUGAUAACAGUGCUAACUCUGAUAGCUGCAAGUUUACAGUUCCAAAGUAUACUAUUACCCAUCGUUCAGAAGUUGAUAUGAGCGAAUACCGUAAUGCCGCAGAUGCAAAAACUUCUACCUGUCCAAAAGAACUAGUUAUAAAAAUUGAACUUCCUUUGUUAAAUUCUGCAGCUCAGGCAAGUCUGGACAUCUUUGAAAAAAAAUUAAUUUUGGAAUCUGUAUCUCCCGCUGCCUACAAACUUGACCUAUCCCUACCUUACCAGGUCAAUGAAGAUGAAGGGUCUGCCAAAUUUGACAAGUCUAAAAGAACUUUAACUGUAACACUUCCUGUGGUUCCACCUAAAACUCCACCAUUGCCUUUCAGUGGCAACAGUGAAAAUUACUUUAGUGAAACUAACAUUCCUGUUGUAGAAGAUCUAUCUGCUGAUGUAACUGCUGACAGUCCUACUAUAGACAAUACACCUCAAAGCCUGGUUCAAGAUAGUCAGGUUAGAUCUAAUGGCACUGGCAGUUUACAAAAUGGUGACAUUGAAUGUGAUAACAAAUUGACCUUUCCUAACAACAUCCAUUGGAUAUUGCCAAACUAUCAGUUUUCUCAAGAUAAUGAGACUGUUUCGUUUGUCAUUAAUGUGAAAAAUGUUGAGCAAAGAACUGUGGAAAUGGUGUUCCCUCAGAGCUGUGCAGCUGUGGUUCAGUUUGUGUCUAUUGGAGCCGGGUGUUUUCCUGUUUACUAUAGACUUUGUGUGCAGUUUCCUGAUGCCUGCAAGAUCUCCGAACAUUGUAGUGUUGAUGUCAGUGACAGUAAUCUUGUUUUUGUUAUUCUGAAAGACAAAACAUGCAGAGGACUAUGGGAUAGUUUCAGUAUAGGCGUUGAUGAGCAUCAGCUGGAGGAAAAGCAGUUUCUGACAGAAAGCAACCUUCAGAGGCAGCUGGCUGAUCUUGACAAGGAAGCUCUCAACACCUCUAACAUGCCAGGCCAAGUGGAGAUGACCCCGGAGUUGAGCGUCGUGGAGAUGAGCGAGAAAAGGCUGACCAUAGACAUCAAGCCACCAAAGGGCCGAAGAUGGAAGGUGCCAGACACGGCUGAGGAAGAAGAAGAAGAUGACUGUGAUCCUCCAUCUUCUGCAGAAAUUGAAGUGAUACAUAAGAAUCCACCCCCAGAUCUUCACAGCAUCCUCAAGCAGCGCACCAUGUCGGAGUCCAGCGAAGAGAUCAGCACCCCAGAUCCCGACAGUCCUCGAUCUGAGGGUGAGGAAUUAUCAUCUUCUUUCGGCAAAAAAAGAUCUGUCUCAUUUAAUAACCACGUGGACCGGGCUUCGUUCAAGUCUUCUGCGUCUGUCUCUAGCAUGACUCCGGGCCUUAAAAGUAAACGGCGACGGCAGCGCAAACGGGAAGAGAAGAAAAAAGGGCACGUCCGGUGUAAUAGCGAGGGAACCAGCAGCAGUGAAGAGUAUCUGCAUUCAGUGUCUGAUUCCUAUUCUCUGAGUGAAGAGGAGGUGGACGUUGCCCACAAGAAGUCUAAAGGUGGGAAAAGAGCUUGUUUGUACCGUGCUGCUUCUGACCCUGGACCAGAUGCUGGAGGCUUGUCACCAAUAGCGGAGAGAGAGAAAGGCUCUGGUGAGCCCCGGAGGCAGACAGGAAAGAAAAAGUCAAAGUUUGAUUUUGAUGGCCUCGUAAUAAAAUCUGAAGUUCCUGAUUUUAGGACUAAUGUAUCAGCUAAUGGUGAGGGUGUGGAUGGAGUUAAAAAUGUAAACGAUUCUCAAGAGAAUUUUCCACACGAGAUGAGUGUGGGUACUAAUGUUAAAUUACAGGUUACUUCAAGUGAAAAGAUGGAUGUAGAUAACAUGAAUGGAAGUUUAAGUUGUGAAGAAAAGAAAACUUUGGAUAAAAAUAAGAAAAUAAUCUCUGAAAUUAAGAGCAAACUUUGCGAAGGCAACAUUGAAGGAAAGAGAGAGCAAAAAGAUGACAGUGAUGAUGAUGAUUUUGUAGAUGCAGUGAGCUCUCUAGCGGCGGAGUUUAAAACAAAGCUCGACCUUGAAGAGUCUGGCGGCAACUGCCACAGUGAGUUGCUCAGUGGGACUGGUAAUGGGAAGUUUAAGCCCCUCACUGAACCUCCCAAUCCAGAAAAUAACUGUCUAAUAGAAGAGAUUGAACCAGCCAAAGAUUAUAAAUCUGUUGCAGGGACGGCAUCUAAGUUCCACAGUAAGAAUGGUGAGAAUAAUGAUGGGGAAAGAUGUUCUCUGCAGCAUGAGAAAUCGGGCGUUGAGACAAUGUUGAGUUGGAAGGAGGGUGGGACCAGCAACGAGCAUGUUACUAAUUGUGCUGUCCAGUUUUCCAAUUCUCUUAUGUUUGAUUUGGACAUAGAAGGAAUUUGA